AGCAAAUGGCGCUGGCGUCGAGCACGUGCAUUUGACGGAUUUGACGUGUAUAUGUUUACAUUUUUUUUGAGAAAUUUUCCUAAACCUAAGAAAAAUUAGCAAUGUCGGUGUGUAGUGAAAUAAUUGAUGAUAUUGAGGAUUUAAUAUCAUCUCAAGAUAUCACUCCAAAAGAACGUUAUGCUAAUAAAAAGGAUGUGACGGUGCGUGUGAAAAAGGCUGAGAAAGUGACUAAGGAAAAGCCCAUUUUCCAGAGUAUUGUUCCCGGAACUCAGCAUAUCUAUGUCAAAACCUGGGGUUGUGCUCACAAUAAUUCCGAUUCUGAAUAUAUGGCUGGCCAGCUAUCUGCAUUUGGAUACAAUUUGGUGGAUGACAAGGAAUCUGCCGAUCUAUGGCUGCUAAACAGUUGCACGGUGAAGAAUCCCUCAGAGGAUACGUUCAGGAAUGAAAUUGAGGCUGGAGUGACAAAGGGGAAGCAUGUGGUAGUAGCUGGGUGUGUUCCACAGGGAGCACCAAAGUCUGAGUACCUCAAGGGAUUGAGUGUAAUUGGGGUGCAGCAGAUAGAUCGUGUGGUGGAAGUUGUGGAGGAGACUCUCAAGGGUCACAGUGUGAGACUGCUGCAACCUAAGAAAGUGUCCGGAAGGCGAAUGGCUGGACCAAAAUUGGCUCUACCAAAAGUCCGAAAGAAUCCCCUGAUAGAGAUCAUUCCCAUCAAUUCGGGAUGCCUGAAUCAGUGCACCUACUGCAAAACGAAGCAUGCCAGGGGAGAUUUGGCCAGCUAUGAUCCCGAAGAGAUCGUCGAGAGGGCGAAGCAGGCUUUCAGGGAAGGAGUGUGUGAGCUGUGGUUGACUUCUGAGGAUACUGGGACGUACGGAAGGGAUAUUGGGACGUCAUUGCCAGAACUUCUGUGGCGUCUGGUUGAGGUAAUUCCUGAAGGAUGUAUGAUGCGUGUGGGAAUGACAAAUCCACCGUAUAUCCUGGAACAUCUUGAGGAAAUGGCCAAGAUUCUUGCACAUCCCCGUGUCUAUGCUUUUCUCCAUGUUCCCGUCCAGAGCGGCAGCGAUACCAUCCUGGCUGCCAUGAAACGUGAAUACUGCCGGGAGGAUUUUGAGCAAGUUGUGGACUUCCUUCGGGAACGCGUUCCUGGCAUCACAGUCGCCACGGACAUCAUCUGUGGCUUCCCAGGAGAAACUGAGGAAGACUUUGCCGAGACACUGGAUCUCUGUGCAAAAUACAAAUUCCCCUCACUCUUCAUCAAUCAGUUCUUUCCCAGACCUGGAACACCAGCCGCCCGGAUGCCUAGAAUCCCAGCGAAUCUCGUCAAGACUCGCACCAAACGAUUAACUGAACUUUUCAGCAGCUACGAGCUGUACCAUGAGCAAGUGGGAAAGAUUCAACGAGUUCUAGUGACAGAAAUCUCCCACGACAAACGCUUCUAUGUCGCUCACAACAAAUUCUACGAGCAAGUUCUCGUGCCCAUGAGGGACAAUCUCCUGGGAAAAUCCGUCACAGUUCGCAUUACUUCUGCCACAAAAUUCAGCAUGCAAGCUGAAAUCCUGGACACAGAGGACACCUGGAAGGAAUGCAGCAUUGUCUCCGAAGAGAAUAAACUCCAAAAUGGCUACAUAAACUGCCCAGAUUUUGAGGACACCAGUGGCCAGGAACCACCAAGAGACAUCGCACUAAAUCCACCCAAUCAAUCUCCUCUAUUCAUCUACGGAAUUAUCGCCCUGCUCCUGGCCAUUGUCUAUCGCUUUGCAUGGAAACUUCUUACAGAAGCGCAAUAAAAACCAAUUUAAAAAAAACUUAUUUUAGGCAAAAUUUCUUUAUUUUCUCCUCUCUCAUCGAUAACUUACUAUCAUUGUUCCAUGACUCUGGAGGUCAAUAAAAAAAAGAAUUGCUGUGCAA